AUGAGCGCUUCGUUACGCAGUAGCAUCAAUCCCCAAAAUCUCUACCCCCCAACGUUGAACGACCCUAAUGUAAUAUUGCAGAUUCAUUUGGGACAGAGACGUCAAGCGUUCACUCUUCCGCAUGCUUAUAAUAUCUUUAAGAUUAAUUUUGCUAACGAAGCAAACAGGCUGGGGUUUGAUGAUAAAUUCCUUAUUAACAGGGAGGCUUCUCUCUAUUGGGCUCGUGCUACUUAUCAGGAAAAACGUCAUUACAGUCAAUUAGCCGGAGUCGUUCAAAGUUUUUAUUACCAGAGAAACGCAUACAUUUCACGUAACAUUUCUAGGUCGUUUCAUGUGGGUUUACCCACUCGUCUGUUGAUGACCAACAUUAACCAUGCAACCCUCCCACCAACACCACUCCUUAAUGUAACUCCUCUCCCUCCUACUCGCUCUCUUCCUCACGGACAACCCGUACAACAAAAUCAAAAUCCACCCGGACGUAAUAACAACAAUAAUAACAACCUCACUUCUACUAAUAACACUCUAGGUGACGAUAUCAACAACGGGUUCGCAUUUAAUGGUGAUAACGGAUUCGACAUGUGCUCCCUGGAUCCUUGGGCCAAUUGA